AUGUGGUGCCAGAGGCGCACGCAGGUUGUGCUGGCCCUGUGCCUGCUGCUGGUCCUGUGGCAAUGUUUCCGAGCUCCCACAGAUGGCCUCGGCCCCGUCCUUUGGGCUCCCUCCCACCUUGACGGCCCCAUUGGCUGCUGCACCAUGGGCACCAACAACUCUACAUGGUUCAAUACCCGCUACAACAGGGCCAUAGGGCCUCUGCUGACGGGUGCAGCCCAUGAGCUCUCCUCCGACGUGAUUCAGUGGUGGCUGGGUGGGGGUGCAGGUGGGAGCUCGACCCUGCAGGGUCACCCGAGCGGUGUCCAGCUCCAGGCUAUAAUUCGGCAGCUCUUCACUGUCCUCCCGGCACCAACUAGCGAUGUGUGGGACUCAUCUCGCCACAGGACUUGUGCAGUGGUGGGGAACUCAGGGCGACUGAAGGGGUCUGGCCAUGGGCUGCAAAUCGAUGCUCACGACUGGGUGCUGAGGAUGAACAGAGCAAAGAUCGCUGGCUUUGAGCUGGAUGUUGGCAUGAGAACAACCCAUCACUUCAUGUAUCCGGAGAGUGCAGUGAACCUUGAGCCUGACGUCCACCUUGUCCUCAUCCCCUUCAAGCCAUUGGACCUCCAGUGGGUGGCCAGCGCCUUCUCCACUGGAGAGCUCACGCA